AUGACAUCAACUUUCGACUUGUCCAUGGUCCCGAGCCCUCCAGCAACCCCAGACUCAUCCAGCGACGUCCGACCAACAAGCUCGUCUUCUGCCAGGACUCGCCCGACAGCGUCGAGACACGACUCGAGCAGGAGGACUUUGUUGUACCCUGAAGGCGACUUUCGCAAUAGCUCAACACCGGAACUACGAGAUCUGAAGACUGACAUGAUGUGUAAUUGGCUUCACCAGCAGCAACUGGAGCGAAUGUGGUCCACGAAUGGAAUUGAGGAAGGGGUUAUGCUCAAGAAAGCGAAGAAUGACUAUAAAUGUGCCCCUGAAGACCUUCGCUCCCGUCCUGAAGGAGUGUAUGACGCAGUGAGAAGGCUCAAUGUUAAGUGUGCCAUGACAGUAAACACCGGCAUCGUCAAGCUAUUCCUCCAAGACCAGUCGCUCACCCAUAUGCCGCUCGAUUCAGGUCUCCGAUUACAAAUUCUCCCAAGCAUUUCUCACCUGCCCGACUGCCAGAAACAUCAAUUUGCAGCAUUCAUUCGAAUCUACAAUAUCCUCAUUGUCUGGGAUGACGACCCAAAUCACCUUCUCAAACGGGUCCAAUCAAUAGAAGACCAGCUCAUGAACAUGAUUUGGAAAGAGGAAUGCGAAGACGACGAAUCUUCGGCACCACUUCCCAGUGCCAUGCCCAGCACACUCAAUCUGAACAACAGCAACGACGAAGAAGCAUCGUCCCAGAAUUUAGAGGUGCUAAACGCUUUGCCGGCUCGCCGUGUUGUGCUCGUUCAACCGAUCCUCACCGCAAUCACGAUGGUCUUGCUCGUUGCCGCCAUUGGCAGUGGCUGGCGCCAGAUCGCCAUCGAAAUCAAGGUCGACCAUUCCUGGAUUCGACUUGCUUUUAUUGCUGUUGUCCCUCUUCAAUGCUGGCUGGCACUGUUCUUCAUGCAGUCUGUUGCAGGCUGCUGCGCCCAGAUUAUUGGUCCCAUAAGCCAGAUGAAUGCAAACACCAAGUUUUACUCGGGAAUGCCUCCUCCGCGCCUCCCAACGGACGGAAGCUAUACGUUGCCACACGUCACUAUUCAAUGUCCCGUCUACAAGGAGGGUCUCUGGUCCGUGAUUGAUCCUACGAUCAAAUCUAUCAAAGCGGCCAUAUCGACAUACGAAAUGCAAGGCGGUACUGCCAAUAUCUUCAUCAAUGAUGAUGGGAUGCAAUUGAUUCCCACCGAACAAGCUCAAGAACGACGCGAUUACUACGAUGAACACAAUAUCGGGUGGGUUUCACGACCAAAGCACGAUCCCAAACCGGCGAACUCCAGCCAAAGACCGUUCAUUCGAGCCGGGAAAUUCAAAAAGGCAUCCAACAUGAACUACGCCUUGAAUGUCUCUGCGCGAGUGGAAGACAAGUUGACGAGCAUUGACCGUCCGGAUGAUGGGAGCUGGACUGUAGAGCAAGAACGUGAGGUCUACAACGAGGCCCUUGCAUCCAUCAUCGCCGAAGACGGAGGCCGCACACAAGCUGCUGGCAACAUCCGCGUGGGGGAUUACAUCCUCCUGAUCGACAGUGACACGCGGGUCCCCCGAGAUUGUUUCCUAGGCGCAGUCUCAGAAAUGGAAAUCUCCCCAGAGGUCGCCAUCAUUCAAUUCGCCAGCGGCGUAAUGAAUGUCACGGACUCAUGGUUCGAAAGGGGAAUAACGUUCUUCACAAAUCUGGUGUACACAGCCAUCCGCUACGCAGUCUCCAAUGGUGACGUUGCCCCAUUUGUCGGACAUAACGCCUUUCUGCGCUGGUCAGCGGUGCAGGAUGUCGCCUACGUCUACGCAGACGUCAACGACGGCAUUGUCAAGGAGAAGUACUGGAGCGAAGCUACGGUCUCUGAGGAUUUUGACAUGGCUCUUCGCCUUCAAACUUCCGGUUAUAUCCUCCGUCUUGCCGCCUAUGCCGGCCAAGGCUUCAAAGAAGGCGUCUCUCUGACCGUCUACGACGAACUCGCCCGCUGGGAGAAAUACGCCUAUGGCUGUUCCGAGCUCAUCUUCCACCCAUUUGCCCAGUGGUUCACGAAAGGCCCAUUUACUCCUUUGUUCCGCAACUUCAUCAGGAGCUCGAUGCCAUUCCCUUCAAAACUGACUAUCAUGGCGUAUAUUGGGACUUAUUACGCCAUUGGCAGUGCGUGGGUCCUGACACUUCUCAACUACUGCAUCAUUGGAUGGUUCAACGGCCACCUGGACCAUUACUACAUCGACAGUUUCAAGAUCUAUUUUGCCAUCAUCAUUGUUUUCACAGCCCUCGGCAAUCUCGCGCUGGCCGUCAUGCGCUACCGAGUCGAAGAUCAGACUCUCCUCUCCGCACUGUGGGAGAAUUUCCGCUGGAUCCCCCUACUGACCAUCUUCCUGGGAGGCAUAUCCCUUCACGUCUCGCAAGCGAUUUUUUCCCAUCUCUUCUCCAUCGACAUGUCCUGGGGCGCCACCAGCAAGGAGGCCACUGACACGAGCUUCUUCAAGGAGAUUCCCACGAUCCUUCGGAAGUUUCGGUUCACCUUCAUCUUCUGUGUGGUGAUGAGUUUGGGGAUGAUCGUGGUUGCCGGCAUCGGUCCGCUGGGGAAACUGGUGCCCUACGACUGGCAGAUUGGAUGGUUCACAGCCGUUUGGCCUUUGGCCACAGUUGUAGGAUCGCAUGCGUUGUUGCCGCUUGUUUUGAAUCCGGGGUUGAUGCAAUUCACUUUUUGA